AUGCGACCUUGGCAAAGGUUAAAUCUCGCAUCAAUGAUAGUAUUUUCGAUGUCAUUCCUCAUAUUUCAAGAAAUUUCAGGUCAAAUUCCUUCUAUACCUCUAAAUCGGAAACUCUUUCAAAUUCCAGAUAAUAUCAUUUUAGCAGAUCCCGAGUUUCACAGACCAGCUGAGAUAGACAUUCUUGUUGGCGCAGAAUAUUAUUAUGAGCUUUUACGCUCAGGUAAAAUUCAUAUACCUAAUCAAACUGAUGUUCUGCAAGAAACAGACUUAGGCUGGAUCAUUGUUGGGCGAUACAAUAAACCACCAUUGUCCAAACGGUCAGUUUCUUGUAAUCUUAUAAAAUUUCAGGAACUGCCUAUCCUGUGGGAGUUAGAGGCAGAAAACAAUGUCAAGCUACGUUCAACGGAAGAGGAAGCUUGCGAGUCCCAUUACGUUAAUAAUAUUGCGCGUGACGAAAUGGGUCGAUAUAUCUCUAAACUUCCUUGCAAUAAGAAGAAGGACUCUCUUGGAGAUUCGCGCAAUACGGCCUUUCAACGUUUUUUGCUUUAG